AUGCCAAUUGGGAAACGAGUAACGAGGAAACAAUAUGCUUCAAGGACCGUUGACCCUCCGCCUAACUACCUCAAAAAUGUGGCAGUAGAAGUCGACUUUGUGCGACAUACUGUCACUGUCUAUGACUCGUAUUCUGAUUUUACCUCCAACAGUAUGCUUGUCCGAUUCAUGGAGCCUAUUACCCAUACGCUUGCAAAGGUGCUGCAUGAAAUGAGGUUUUAUGAGAAAUCGGAGGUUGAAGCGGUGAAGAGAAAGGGGACUGACAUGUCAAACUUUAACCCAUUCACAAUUUGCAGAAUUUCCGAUGUUCCUCAACAAAGUGAUGGUACUUCAUGUGGCAUUAUGACAGUCAAAUAUAUUGAGUACCUUAGUGCCGGCAUUCCUUUACAUACCAUUGACCCAUCCAAGUUUGGCUACUACCGAUUGAAGCUUGCAAUCGAGGCUUUCAGGGGGGAGGCCUAUGUAUGAGGUAAA